AAAGUAUACAUAAACAAAGAAGCUUGUUAUAUAGUUAAUGGAGAUGGAGAGUGAAACACAGCAGUCAAAAUUCAGGAGGGUUUGUGUGUUUUGUGGAAGUAGCCAGGGCAAGAAGAGUAGCUAUCAAGAUGCUGCUAUAGAGCUUGGCAGAGAAUUGGUUUCAAGGAACAUUGAUCUGGUCUAUGGAGGAGGAAGCAUAGGUUUGAUGGGAUUGGUUUCACAAGCUGUUCAUGAUGGUGGCCGCCAUGUCAUUGGAGUUAUUCCCAAGACGCUUAUGCCUCGAGAGGUAUGUCUGCUGCACUACUCUUAUGUGUUUUUCUAUGAAAAAACUUUGCAGUUAAGUGGUGAAACAGAAGGGGAAGUGAAGGCUGUUGCAGAUAUGCAUCAAACGAAGGCUGAGAUGGCUAAGCAUUCAGAUGCUUUUAUUGCCUUACCAGGUGGAUAUGGAACUCUUGAAGAAUUGCUUGAAGUGAUUACUUGGGCUCAGCUAGGAAUACAUGAUAAACCGGUUGGCUUACUGAAUGUCGAUGAAUACUAUAACUCAUUGCUUUCGUUCAUCGAUAAAGCCGUGGAAGAGGGAUUUAUUAGUCCGAGUGCACGCCAAAUCAUUGUCUCUUCACCCACGGCUAAAGAGUUAGUAAAACAAUUGGAGGAAUAUGUGCCCUGCCAUGAAAGUGUUCCUUCAAAGUUGAGUUGGGAGAUGGAGCAAUUUGGCUACUCUCAAUCAUAUAACUUGUCCAGGUAGUGCUUGGAGGUGCAUGGAGGGGAAGGUACGUAUGGAAAUUGUUAAGGCUCUUGGGAAAAAAAAAGACUUGAAAUUUUACUUCAAUGGGGGGAACUCUUAUUUUUGUUUGUAAAUCACUGCCAUUGACAUCAAUAUAUGAAAGUUAAGAACCUUCCCUUUUUACUGGAAAAUUGAUUCUCUUUACUAAAUUGCAAGUACAAAAUGCUUAUGAAGAGUGCCCUUUAGAUUUUG